UUGAAGCGGUUCCAGUACAGCAAGUGGCAUCGCGACAAAAUCGAUAUCCCUGUUGUUAUACCCGUAAAAGGAUUCGAAUUGAACUCAAAAUUAGCGAAUGAAAGGCACGAGCACGUAAAGUAUGACUUGAUAGCUAUCAGUCAUCAUGUUGGUGGUUUAGGAGGUGGACAUUACACUGCGUCUGCUCUGAAUAAAACCACCGGGAAAUGGUAUGAAUUCAAUGAUUCAUGCGUCUCUGAAACUGCUGCUCCAUCUGAUCCAACUGUUGGUCGUACACCGUACAUGCUUGUCUAUCGACGUCAAGAGAUUACGACGGAUGUUUCUUUACCUGAUGCAAAUGUCGAAGAAGAAAUGGAGGAAUAG